UCCGGAUAAUCACUCAAUUGUUUACAAACAUGAGACGUGUAUGUGUACACGUACAAUGAAGCAGACAAAUAAAAUGCUGAAUACACUAUUAAUUACUUUUCUGUUUUAUAAAGCGGUUUUCAGCAAAAGUGUUAAAGGGCUAUACGGUAAAAAUGACAAUGUUUUCAUUUUAAACUCGAGCAAUUUUGACAGAAAUGUUGUCGGCUCCAAGAGCAUUUGGGUGGUCGAGUUUUAUAACAGCUGGUGCGGUCACUGUAUAAGUUUCGCACCGACGUGGAAAGAGUUUGCUGCCGAAAAGAUAGACUGGUGGCCUGUAGUUCAGAUUGGUGCGGUAAACUGUGCAGCCGAGGAAAACACCAACCUUUGUCGUCAGUACGAUGUCAGGGGCUUCCCAGUGUUUAAGCUGUUUGCUCCGAUGCACAAGGAAAACUCUACAGUAGAGACGUUCUACGAACAAAACAAGUCAGAAAUAGAGACCAAGAUAGUUGACUUCCUGAGCAGUGAAAGUGUGCUGGCUCCUGAUGACUGGCCUCGACUGUCGCCAAUCAAAUCCAUGGAACAUAUUUGGGAUGAGGCAAAGGAUGAGCAUCACCAUGUGGCGUUUGUGUUUGAGGAUGAGCAGUCCAACAUAGGCACGCAGGUGAUCCUGGACACCCUCAAGUACCGCCCCCUCCUGGUGCGCCGUAUGCUGCACGGGGCCGUGGAGAAGUUUGGGGUCACCACCAUACCAGCCCUCUUCCUCAUCAACAGGGAUGGAACAUUCACCAACCUUGCAAAGACUGACAACUCUCGUGAGAGCAUGGUCAAAGCCCUGACAGGAUUGCUGUCCCCUGCUCAACUAGAAUCUGGCAAGAAGAGUGUAGAAGCUAGAAAGGCAUUCCUGCAAAAAGAACUGCUCAAUAUUUUAGGGAACGAUGAAGACUCACCUGAUACAAAUGAAAACCUGGAAGAUCAAAAAAAGCCUGCUGUGUACAUGAGAGACCUGGAGUCCACCCUUUACUACGCAUUCCGUCAGGAGAUCCCUCUCUGUCAGCAGAUCAGUGAUGUUAGGCUGGCAGCAUUGAAAACUUUUGUGGCAGCCCUUGUUCAGUAUUUCCCGGGGGAACGAGAGCUUGAGGGGUUCCUGGAGAUAUUGUGGGCGUGGCUACAGACCGUGAAGUCAGGGAUCACCGGGGAAGAUUGGCUCAAUAAAAUAGAUCAGCUCCAGGUACAGUUAAGCCUUGCUCUGUGA